GGACUCUUUAAUGUAACAGUAGGUGGCGAUAAUGCUCCAUCUGGUUGCAAUUCGCCAGUAAAACAAGAAGAAGAAGACGACGACGACAUACGCUCGCGCGCACCGGUCAGGUAACCCGACAUGGAGGCUCAGAAAGAUGCCUUGCGUAGGAUCAUCACCACGUUAGCCAAUAAGAACGAGGAACUCCACAGUUUCCUGGAUACACUUGGCCACGCUAUUGCCAACCUUGAGGAGAACUCGUCAUGUGUGGCCUCGGACCUGGAGGCUGAGUUUGACUGCUUAAACUCAGCCCUGGAGGAGGCCAAGGGGGCACUGGCCUCCACCAUGAAGGAGGAGAAGAUGAGGAAGGAGAAUCAGCUAGAGAACCAGCUGACUCAGGGCCGGGCAGCACUCCAGUCUGCGGAGGAACUUCUGCAAUUUGCAAACCAGGCGCUGAGGAUCGAUGACGAUGAGGAGUUUAUUAAGGCUGCAAGGCAAAUAAAAGAAAGGGUUACCAUGGCACCUGCCUUCCGCCUAACAAUGAAACCUGUAGCUACAGACAGCAUGUCACAUCUAAUGGUCGACUUUAGCAAAGAGAGAGAGAUGCUAAAGCAUCUCCACUUCCUACCAGUGCCCCGGGCCCCAGAGGUAGCCCCUGAUGACUGUUCCAUCUGCGACAAUACUGUAAAGGUUGCCUGGAGACUGCCUGAUGAUGGUGAUGGUGGUAGUGAAAAGAUUGAGCGCUAUAUUUUGGAGUAUCGGAAGACAGACUAUGGUGGCCCGGCAAGGAUAAAAGACCUGCAACCUUGGGAGACAGUGGAGGAUAUUCGCAGUACACAGUACACACUAACAGGUCAGAAGUUCGACACCCAGUUCAUCAAUGUGAGGAUCCGGGCCUUUAACAAGGCUGCCGGCAGCGAAUACUCAGACCCUGUUACUCUGGAAACCCCAGCUUAUAAUUUUGGAUUUGACCCCACAACCUCUCACCUUAACCUGCGGGUUGUUAUGGACACUGUAGAGUGGGACCCACAGGGGGGCAAAGGUCAAGAUGGAAAGGUCAAGGGUAAAGAGAACAAGGGCAGAAGCGGCACUCCUUCUCCAAAGAGGACGUCCACAGCGCGCUCACCAGCGAGCCGUGGAAGUCGUGAUCGAUUUGCCGGCGAGUCAUACACAGUACUAGGUGACAGGGCCAUAGACUGUGGCCAUCAUUACUGGGAGGUUCGCCCUCUCCCCGACUGCAAGGCCUUUGCUGUGGGCGUGGCCUACCGUCAGGGACUGGGCAAGUUUGACCAGUUGGGGAAGACCGCAGGGUCAUGGUGCCUACAUGCCAGCCAGUGGCUGCAGACUUCGCUAGCUGCUAAGCACAACAACAAGGCUAAAAGUUUGGACUGUGCUGUUCCUGAGCGGAUCGGCAUCUACUGUGACUUCGACAAUGGAGAACUUGCUUUCUACGAUGUUGACAGUAGACAGUUGAUUCAUUCGUUUAAGACAAAAUUCUCUCAGUCUGUGGUUCCAGCUUUCAUGGUGUGGUGCGGGGGGCUCACUAUAGCAACCGGCCUCCAAGUGCCGUCAACAGUUGGAAAAGUCCACAGCCUGCAAGAUUCACCGAGUCAAUCAGAACACUCGGAAAAUCACCAUUAACCAGCUCAGUGUUGAAAGGAAGUAGUUGAGUAGCUGUCAGGCAGGUAGCCGAAACCCCAGGGAUCUCCACACCCCCACCCUUAAUCAUGCAGAAGAAAAUAUUUGUAAGCUGCUCAGUCGGUCAACAGCCAGGUAACUAACCAUCAAAUCAGUCAGCCAGGUGCAGCUAGUCAGCCACACCACCAGAGCUGUUUAACAGAAUCAGUCAGUCAGCCAUUAACACAGAACUGUGUAUUUAAUCUGUUAGCCAGUUAAGCAGCCAGUCAGUCAGUUAGUCAUUUCUAGAGUAUCCUAGUCUGGCUGCAACCUAUACAAGCCCAAAAUUUACUUGCUUCCUGCUUCAUACUUCCUGUUUGCAGAGAAGUCCGUUACUUUUGGACUGUUUUGCCAUCUCAGAUAACCUAAUAAGUGACUUUAUUAGCUGUCAUUGACUAAGGAUUUAGCGUAGCAUGUGUUGACUUCAUAACGUCUUCUCAUGAUGUCUGGAUGCAUGCGCAGUAAUCCAGGUGAGAACACCAGAGAAGGUUGAAUCAGUUGAUCUGGACACAGCGUUUGUUGACAGAAACGUUUCAUCGGUGACCUCUUCAGUCUAAACUGACUGCAGGUGUCCCCACCCUUAUGAACAAUACAGCUAGUCUUCUCAUGAUGCCAGCUUGGCAUUUUAGCAUGUUAGCAUAGCAUGUUAGCUUACCGUUAACACAUUUAUCAACAAGCACGUUAGGCUUUAGUAAGACCUCUUCCUACUGGCCAAGACUGAGAGGACAUCUACAGGCUUAGACUGGAAUGACCUUCUUCUACUGGCUGGAACUGAGAAGCUGUUCGAAAAGGCUGGGACUGAGGACAAACUUCCCGUUUGACGGAGGGAAACACUAGCUGUGUCUGAAUUGUUCAUACUACACACUGACAGUAUGCAACGGUUUCUAUGUGCGACGUUAACAUGCACAUUUAGUGUGUGAAAGAUACGUCAAGUUAUUCACCGUAGACGGAAAUACUAUGUAUGGAGCUUAUAGUCACUUAACACUGGUGUUGACGUAGGGAAUUCGGGGGGCAGCCAAGAACCGCCGCAGCCGGGACGCAAACCCGGGUCGCCCACACCACGGGCGACUACGCUAACCAGUCGACUAAAGCGUCCGAGCCAUUGGCCAAGGGCUAGCGAGUCUGUUCAUCCGUGGUCCUUACACUGAUUCCCUGUGAACAGCCAGGGACAAGUUCCCAGACCAAUUUGGCAGAGUACUAAGCAGCAGGAGCAGCAGCUGGUGUCAGAAAUUCAAAAGUAUUCUUUAAUGGUGUCAUGUUAAAGGUUGUUAGGUGACGUCCUUGGUGUCAGUAAAGAGUCGAGGCGAAAUUGAAACAGACAAAGCGAAAACAACAAGCUUCCUAAUUUGAGAGUGGUGAAGUUCUGGUGUUAGAGUCAAUUCCGCUUGCAUGAGUCCGCCAAGUUUAAUUUCCAUAGUGUGCAGAGUGUACUGCACCCCACCUACCCAGUAAUAUGCCCUGCGCCCCCCAUUAUACACUACAUACUGUAAGUUUGUAGAAUGUACUAACAAUUCAAAUACUGCUAACCUCUUUCCUUCUUCUCCUGUCUGCAUCCUGGAAUAAUUGUUUCUUCAAUCCAGCCUUUCUUCCCUUCUCCCAAAGUUCCUCUUCCUUUUUUCAUCAUAGCAUCCUUCCUUCCUUCCUUCCUUCCUUCACUGUUCUUGCUCUUCAAAACAUCCGAGUGACUUGUAAAACGAGUCGUGUCCAAGUGUCAUAGCCAGUCAGUUUAAACUAGUUCACCAAAACCACCAAGGCCACCAAAAGGACACACUUUCACAAAACAUAAUGUAACGUCAUAUCAUAUCAUAUCAUAUAACACACUAUAACAUGACAUAUAGUGUUAUAUAAUCUUUAACAUGACUAGCUGAUAGUCAUGGUCCUUGUCCACCAGGUGUGUUGGGCGUGUCUCAGAGGAAAACAGGAAGUAGUUUACAAGUCCAUCUAGAAAUAGCACUUUAUGGGGUGUCCGGGUAGCGUAGCGGUCUAUUCCGUUGCCUACCAGCACGGGGAUCGGUGGUUCGAAUCCCCGCGUUGCCUCCGGCUUGGUCGGGCGUCCCUACAGACACAAUUGGCCGUGUCUGCGGGUGGGAAGCCGGAUGUGGGUAUGUGUCCUGGUCGCUGCACUAGCGCCUCCUCUGGUCAGUCGGGGCGCCUGUUCAGGGGGGAGGAGGGGGAACAGCGUGAUCCUCCCACGCGCUACGUCCCCCUGGUGAAACUCCUCACUGUCAGGUGAAAGGAAGCGGCUGGUGACUCCACAUGUAUGGGAGGAGGCAUGUGGUAGUCUGCAGCCCUCCCCGGAUCAGCAGAGGGGGUGGAGCAGAGACCGGGACGGCUCGGGAGAGUGGGGUGAUUGGCUGGGUGCAACUGGGGAGAAAAAUAAAAAGAACUAGCACUUUAUAACUUGUAUUCUAUACUGGGUAAUAUAAAAUAUGAAAUACUAUAAAACACAUAUACUAAGUACGACAUGUUGGCUGGUUUUUGGUGCAGUACUGGCUGCGGCACGGACACGUGUGUGCAGAUUCUGCUACAUUAUGAGUCGAGACCUGCACGUGUGGUUUGUGUUUUGUUUUUCAGAUGAAUUAUUUUAGGACGGGCAGAUGUUGUUGUGACGCUUGACUGAAAAUCUAUUUUUCGUGUGAGACCUCGUCCUCGUGCACCUGUGGGUGUUGAAUUAUGUUGACUUGCCCAAAGAACAUGAAAAUAAUACUUACAUAUGAAUACUCUGACCACAAACGUGUUGUCCAAAUAAAACUUUAUAAUUUACCAUUUUAAAAAUGUGAACAUUGAUAUAUAUAUAUAUAUAUAUUUUAACCCGCGUGGUUUACAGGUAAAAAUACAUAUUUUCCUGUUAAUUAUGAAAUCCAGAUAAUAUAUGUAGACAUUUCUAAAUGAAACAUACACCAUAAACCCAUUUUAUAUAUUUUAUCUCAGCAAAUAUACAUUUCACAUUAAGAGAAAUAUAAGAAAUAAAAUAUGAAUAAAGUAAAAGAAAUAAAAUAUAAAUCAUUCAUUUAACACAAAACUAUAAUGAUACAUAUCCAGAUUCGUGAUCUACAUAUUCACCUUGUUUGUGUUCUGGACAGUUUGACCUCUUCAUCUAUGUUGUGGUUAUUAUUUUAUGAAAAUAUAGCUACAUAUAUGUACUGGUCAUACGUGUUCAUUUCCCAUGUUAAAUCUUUUGGACUGCACACAGAUGUACUUAGUAAACGUUGGCGUUGUUGA